CUUGAGCACUUGCAAUUAGAAAACGUUUUAAGUAAUUUCUCCAGAAAAGCAAGAUCAUAAUGGCCUAUCAGCUGUACCGCACGUCCACCCUGGGCGCCACGCUGCAGGAGACUCUCGACGAACUCGUUCAGAAGGGCGAAAUGACCCCAGCCCUGGCCCGCACGGUGCUCUUUCAGUACGACAAGAGCAUGAACGAGGGCCUCAAGCAGAAAGCCAAGUCGCAACUCGCCUUUAAGGCUACGAAGCUGCAAUCAUACCAAAUGUGCGACAAUGUGUGGACCCUCAAGCUGAAAGAUGUGGAAUUCCGCGAGAAAGAAAAAGUCCUCCAGGUCGACAAAGUGAAAAUUGUAGCCUGCGUAGCCAAGGAGGAGAAGACAAACAAGAAAUUAUUGUUCAAUGAAGAAAAUGCUUAA